UAAAUUCAAAUUCGUACGAUUCGAAUUGCAGCAGCCAUCUUGAAAAACAAAAGUUUUCGGUCAUUGCUAGUUCUUUUUCUCCAUUUUAACAUCCUUCCUGCAAAUUUAAAUAAGGAAAACUUGCGUAACGAAGAAACAGUGGACGAUUGAUGUCAGAAGAUGGACAAAACUAUGACUGAUUUCCGCUUCAUGAGAUCUUAUUUAUGGGAAGAUAAAGAGAACGAUUUUCCACUAAAAGAUUACUUUGUAGAAUUGACUGUAGAAAAAACGGAUUAUCUUGGACGGAAAAUCGGAGAGAAAAUACGUCUGAAUGAGAUAUUUUCCAUACAAUCAGAUGGGCGUCCAACUAUUUUAAUUACAGGAGAUCCCGGUUAUGGCAAAUCUACUCUGUGCCAGAAAAUUGUGUACGAUUCGCAGAAUAUAUGCAACACUUUUCAUUAAUUUUUACUAUAAAUUUAAGGGACUUAGGCGAUAGAAGCGUAAAGGAUUAUAUACUGGAUGGCCUGAGUACAGACCCGAGAGUCAAAGAUCUACAAUAUUCACGACUGAAUUUUUUGGUGAUUUUGGAUGGUUUCGAUGAAAUUGCACAUAAAUCUAAAGUCAUAAAAUUUCUAAGAGACGAAUCUUUAGAAAUUUCUCUUCAAAUGACAAUCCUGGUUACUACUAGACCUCAUGUACUGGAAGAAAUUAGAGAGGACAUGACGAUCUGGUUGUCGAUAGAAGGAUUUACUCGAGAAUGUCAGGAAAAAUACAUUAAAAUAAUUUUUAAAGACGACGAGGGCAAAGCCAACGAAAUAUUUCGUAAACUGAAUGAAGACGAGUUCUACGCAGAGAUAGCUCAAUCUCCUCUGAUGCUGCAUAUGUUGUGUUGCCUUCAUAAGAAUGGAGAAAUAGUAAAGCUCAAAACAAUGGCUGAUUUACAUCUCACAAUAUUUACUCUUAUAACUGAACGUUACGUGAGAAAAACUAAUCAGAAAGGCAAGUUUAAAACAGGAAAAUAUUUCGUGGGAGAAAAUUUGCUACUCGAUUUGGUAAAGAAAUCGUCGUGUUCUAUCACAUCACAAGAUUUAAAGGCUUUAUUUCCGAAAGAAGAUGAACGCAAUUUCGUCAUUGGAUUGGACAUUCUUACUGUCGAUUCGUUUCAUCCAUUCGAUGAUAUAAUUAACUAUCGUUUUGUCCAUCGCACAUUUGGAGCAUUUCUUUCAGCUUUAUCCAUUUACAUCCGGAAAUUUUCAUCUCUAUCUCAUAUUGGAAAUAUGGAAUUAUUAUUUUUAUUUGGAUUUUAUAAGGAUAAACCUCUCCCCAAAAAGAUCUUAAGAGCUAUGGAGAAUGAAAUGUUCGAUCUUCAAUUCAUGCUUCGCGCUCACAAACAAAUCAAACUGAAGAAGAAUUGGGAACGAUUUUGUUCUCUUGCAAAAAUAGUAUUACAUCAUCGCGCACAUUUUAUUUAUUUUGAAGAGCUAUUGAAAUUGUACGAAUUGAAAGAAUUAUAUUUAUGUUUUCAUCAGACCGCAGUCGAAAACGAAGAUCGAGAAAGUUACGUAAGUGACAUCGUGAAGAACUGGAGUUUGGGGAAUAAUUGUAAGAUUUAUCUUAUUCUCUCGCUCCACGAAGCACUUUCGGAUAAUUUGAACGAUAUCAGAGAACCAGUUUUACGCAUUAUCAAUUUCAUUGAUGUAAUGAGCUCAAUUAAUUCCAACAUUGAUUUUAUUGGCGUGUGCUAUAGGAAGGUUUUUUAUUUGCAUGAUUGUUUCACGAAUGUAAAUUAUAAUUUAAAUAUGUCUAACAUCCGGAAAUCAUUAAAUCUAAGCGAAGACGAGCAAUUAAUUGCUUUGCAAUGUUCAAACAGCGAAAGAGAAUCCAUCACUUGUAUUCUAUCGUUGUUGCAAUACGAAACUUUACUUCAUCGCAUCAAAUUUCAGCGAAUCAGUAGAUCGAUAGACUAAAUUGUUAAAGUAAAAUAAUUGUAUUCGUAUACAGUACACAGUAUAACUCUAUUGUUUGAAAUUGUUUUUGUUGAUUAUAUUUCGGCGAUACAGUGUUGUAUAUACAAUAAUUUUGCAGUCAAA